UCGGAGCUUCAGUACUAAGGGUACAUCAGCAGUUGUUGUUCUCAGUGACGCGGCGGAGGUGUAGCCUGACGCGGUCUCUUACGUGUCGGUCUGAAUAAAAGUGGAGCUCCGUAGACCCGAGUGACGAAGCCAGUUUGUGUUGGUGUUUAAAAGGCAAUGGAAGCUGGUGUAGAAACACAGCGAAGUGGUGAAACUGCUGUUUCUGAGUCGGAGGCCCAGCAGAUAACCCUGACACAGGCCUCCAUAGCUGCGGGUCAGGUGUCCUCCUCCAGUCCAACAGUUACUCUGGUGCAGUUACCCAACGGCCAGACAGUGCAAGUCCACGGAGUGAUCCAAGCUGCUCAGCCCUCAGUUAUCCAAUCGCCUCCGGUCCAGACAGUACAGAUUGCAACUGUUGCUGAGAGUGAGGACUCUCAGGAGUCUGUGGACAGUGUGACAGAUUCUCAGAAAAGGAGGGAGAUCCUGUCCAGAAGACCUUCUUAUAGGAAGAUUUUAAACGACUUGUCGUCAGACGCUCCAGCGGUCCCUCGUAUUGAGGAAGAGAAGUCCGAAGACGACUCAACCUCCACCGUCACCACAGUCACCAUGCCGACUCCCAUUUAUCACACCGGUGGCCAGUACAUUGCCAUUACCCAGGGUGGGGCCAUCCAGCUGGCCAAUAAUGGCACAGAUGGCAUGCAGGGGCUGCAGACACUGACCAUGGCGAAUGCUGCUGCUGCGCAGCCAGGCGCCACCAUCCUUCAGUACGCCCAGACCAGUGAUGGACAGCAGAUCCUGGUGCCUAGCAACCAGGUGGUUGUACAAUCGGCUUCUGGAGAUGUGCAGGCGUAUCAGAUCCGUACGGCCUCCAACAGCAGCAUCGCUCCUGGGGUUGUCAUGGCAGCAUCACCAGCACUGAGUUCAGGGGGGGGCACAGAGGAAGUCACACGCAAGAGGGAAGUGCGCCUCAUGAAGAACAGGGAGGCAGCUCGUGAGUGUCGCAGGAAGAAGAAGGAAUAUGUCAAAUGUUUGGAGAACCGUGUGGCGGUGCUGGAGAACCAGAACAAAACCCUCAUCGAGGAACUCAAAGCCCUUAAAGACUUGUACUGCCACAAAUCGGAGUAGAAACAUCACCAAAAGCCCUGCACCCCCCACCCAAAUGUACAGAGACUCAGCACAGAGCCAUGCAUCUGGAUGCCCGGCCCCUUUUCUGCCCCCCCUGGAAAAAGAAAAAAAAAAAAACUGGUUGCAAACCUAAGGAAUUUCAGAAAUCUCAACCAUUUCAAUUUACAGUGUUCCUCCUCGUUCGCAUUUGCCACGACAAGGCAGCAUGAAGGAGGAUUUUCACGAUAAUCGGACCAACGGUUACUGGUGCCUGGAAAAGCUCCAACAUCACCAGCAGCAGGGAACGACUCUUAUCAUGAUCAGUUUGGGCCUCUUUAGACUCUUGGAUCACUUGGCAAAGUUACAUUUGUGUUUGUAAUCAUAAUUACAAUCUAUAAAUGACAUCUUUUACUUGCUAAUGCUUUGAAUUGUAGAUAAAAUAUAUCAGACGUUUUAUCUUUGAGCUGUGCUUUCGUUUGUUAUGUGCUUUUAUGUCUGUUUACUUGCCUUGACAUAUGAACAAAA